UUUGACCUUAUCUAUCUGUUAUCAAUUAACAUUUAAGUUGUGCACAGAAUAUCUUCAGCACAUACUGUGCCGUUGUGAAUAGCUGCGACAACAUGAAGACCAAACCAGAGUCCCCGGUGUCCAUGCUGGACCCGUCCCUGCUGCUGCGACCAGAGAAGGUGUAUGAUGGAAAGCCGGUGGACGCCUUCCGGAACUAUGAUGUCGAUGAAACUGAUCCCAUCAAGGAGCGAGUUAGAAGGACUUAUUAUGAAAUGCAUACGAAACAGACAGUGGAAUUCGUUAAAGGUCGGAUGGCCGACUGGCUCCAAUUCAACCACUUCAAGAGCACCAUCAAGGAUGCAUUGAUCAAACUGAACGAGUUAGUGGACGAAUCAGACCCUGACACGGAUCUGCCAAACAUCGUGCACGCCUUCCAGACCGCCGAGAGGAUCCGGGAGGAGCAUCCCGACCAGGACUGGUUCCAUCUCAUCGGACUCAUCCAUGACCUUGGAAAGGUAAUGGCUUUCUACGGUGAGCCACAGUGGUGUGUGGUGGGUGACACAUUCCCCGUGGGCUGCAAGUGGGGCCCGUCCAUCGUGUACGGAGACGACAGUUUCAAAGAAAAUCCCGAUACAUACAACCCUAAAUACAACACUGAAUGUGGUAUGUACAAGCCAAACUGCGGCUUGGAGGAGCUGAUGAUCUCGUGGGGACACGACGAGUACCUCUACAGGGUGCUCGUACACAACAAGUCCAAAUUCCCCAAGGAAGGUCUUUACAUGAUCAGAUAUCACUCCCUUUAUCCCUGGCACGCGGGUGGUGACUACAAACAUCUACUUAAAGAGGGAGACGAGGAGAUCAAGAAGCACGUCCUCGAAUUCAACAAAUACGACCUGUACACGAAGAGUGCCGGUGUACCUGAUAUCGAAGCCCUCUGGCCUUACUACGAGCAGCUCAUCGAGAAAUACAUUCCUGGAGUCUUGGAAUGGUAGAAUAAGUUACUAGAUUACGCCUGCACAGUACAUUAUGUAAUUAACUAUUUAGUCUACCAGACAAUUUAACUUAAGUACCAGACAAUGUAAUGUAAUUUGUAUAUUCUUAUCCACUUUUUUAUUUUCCUACUACACGAUUUGUAGGAGAAUUCUAAUUUAAUAAAGUCAGUUUUCGAAAGUCCAUUCUGCUAUAUAAAUUGUAUCGCAAAAUCUUUACUUUUUAAGAAGUUAUUAUUUUAGUAAAUUGACUAAUUGUAAUGUGAUAUUGUUAAUUUGUUGUACGUUUCUUUUUUUAAGUAAUAUACUUUUCAACGAAU